AUGGCAGAGGUGCAUGUAUGUAGGCAUGGCCAGGACGAAGAUAACCGCGAUGGUUUAUUAAAUGGACGCCGUGACCGGCCUCUAACUGCUUUAGGCCGUGAGCAGGCCAGUGAAGUGGCUUUGAGACUCAAAAAUGGUGGCGUCUCAUAUGACGUAAUUUUGGCAUCCCCCCUCCAACGGGCUUACGAGACCGCGUGCGCCAUUGGUAGAGCCCUCGAUUUGGUUGUGGAGACGGACGAGGAACUUACUGAGCGAGACUUUGGUAUUUUGGCCGGCAAACCGGUGGCUGAUAUCCGAAAGUACGCCGGAGAGAACGUUCUCCAAGGUGACAAAGUGUUGUAUUUUCUUGAGGUGGAGGGUGCGGAGACAUUUGAUGAGUGCUUUAACCGGGCUGCACGCUUGUUGAAACGCGUGGAUGAACGGUUCAGCGGGAAACGCGUCCUUUUGGUGUGCCACGGUGACAUCGGGAAAAUGGUGCAGGCGGUGCGGAAGAACAUAACAUGGCGAGAUGCUCUUCUGCUUCCAUACAUGUCAAACACUGACAUUGUGGAACUGUGA